AGACUUCACGAAUUCAAUCAAUUCAGAACUGAUGUAAAGAAACCACUGGCCUACCAGUUCUAUACAAGACGCUUAAUCAAAGAUCCUUGAUUACUAGCAAGAUAGAGCAACGUACAAGAAUCUUUGAUUAAGCGUCUUGUGAAUUGAUCAUGCAGAUCACAAUGCAGCCGACCAUAGACGAUUCAUCUCUACUGUGCCAGAGUAGCAAACAAUCACAAAUAUGAAUAUUUACAAUAAACAAUAACAAUGGGAAUGUGUCCCCUCUGCAGCACUGUAGCUGAUUGGUUAUUUCUCUAGCAGUCACGAUGAUGUCAUUUUCUUUCUGCUGCUUUUCAGUAAGUAGCGAUGAAACAGACUUCCCCCUCAGUGCUGCACGCUUAUGUACAUGCGUGUGUGUGCAUGUUUGUGAGUGUGUAAGUGUGUGCGUGUCUGUGUGUGUGUAUGUGUGGAGCACAAAUCUCUUGAGUGACGUUGAGUGUUAGUUAACGGCAUCAGUGUGACCCAAAGUGAGCUCUGUGACAAGGACUGAACACCAAAUGUGAAGCAUCAUGAUUAUGUGUUUACCUUGGUCAGUACUGAGCCUUUGGUUAACCCUGUCUGUCUCUAUUGUUGCAGAGGAGGGGGAAAAUGAAUGUCUAUCCAACCUCUCUCCAGAAUGUUUUUAUGACAUGAAAGAGCUGGGAAUCAGUGUGUAUUUCAGUGACAAUGGGAUAAUGACACAUAACAAAUCACAUUGCUUUGAUAAGGACAGUCCAUCUCUGCCAGACGGCCUUUGGCUUACAAGCUGCAUUGUGGACAAGCAGAAUAAUCUAAACUUCAGCUGGGAUUCAAGUGAUCGUCCAGAACAUCCUCAGUAUUCUAUUUCCUAUCUAUUUUGCAAUGAAGGCCAAGAGGUCCUUGAAAGACACAAGAAACAUGUCCAAGGCCCAUUUUACCACACACUGAUUCCAGAUCAGACAUAUCAUAUAAUUUUGCAACUCAACGUGUCCUACCCAGACAAGUGGUACAUUCAGACACAGCAGUGGGAAAUCUGUAAUGUUGAAAAACUGGGUCCUCUUCAAAUAAAUGCAACAAUUCAGUCAAAUCAGUUAUACCUUGAAUGGGAUCUGCCUAAAAGUAAAUUUACAAACAACACUAAAUGCUUUGAGUAUGAAUUGAAAGUCAAUGAUGAGGUCAGAAUAUUCAAAGAGCUAUUGAAGUAUACUGAGCUAAAUUUGGAUCCAACCCAGAAGUACAAAAUCUUAAUGAGAGUAAAAACUGCCUCUCACUGCUGUGACUCUCUGUUUUGGAGUGACUGGACUGUUUUAGAUUUGGACAAAUCUGCAGAAGUCCCAUUCCAUACUAGCGUGAUCAUUGCUAUUGUUCUCGGACUUCCCAUGAUCCUCUUGGCUAUAUUACUGCUCUGCAAAUUUCAAAGGGUUUUUGAUAAAUUGUUCCCACCAGUCCCAGGCCCAUCCAUCAAGAUUAAAGGCCUGCUUGAGAAAGACAUCACAUCUCAGAUCAUAUCACACAAAUGUGUGGAAGAGGUCACUGAGGUGGAAGUAAAAGAGGAUGGGGGUGAGGAGGAGGAGGAGGAGUGCUGGUGCAGACCUGCCAACCUUGAAGUAAUAUUUUGAGUAGGCCUACCACCUCGAGCCGCUCACGCCUUCAUCCAUGCGGCCGAAAAUGGUCACAUAACCAAGAUUUCCAGUAAUUUUCUUAUUUAAAAUGUGUCUCUUCUCAAGUUAGAAAGUGUAAUAAGACUAGCGGAAAAGGAAACGUGGGGCUUUGAAACGUGGCUUUUUGAUGUAUGUUGUUUAACUGUGGGAUUAUGCUUCCAUAGUGUUUUCUGUUUGCCAGUGACUGUCUUGAAUUGUAACGGAGCAAUUAAGCAGCUAAGAAUAAAUAGUAACUAUGUGCCUAGAAGUGUAACACAAAUAUCCAAUAAAACCUAAAAUAAAGCUGCAAGUGGCAAUGAAGGGGCCAAGCAACAGGCCAGGCCAUGUCAAGCAAGAAAAAAAACCAUGUGACUGUCCCAAAUCAGUGUGCCAAAAGAUGCAGAGCCAGCGCUAGGGUGGGGCAAAAGGGGCGAUGCCACCUUGAAGUCAUGCCUCAAUAAGAUAUGUGUAAUUAACUGUGUAUACUUUUAAGUAUUGCAAUGUGUAUUAGUGUUAGUAUUUACAGCACUAAAAUGUGAAUUACAAAAAAUUGGGUCUAUUUUUCUUUCUGUCUUUCUACAAUCAAAAGGCUAUUGAAGAGCACUUAAAAUAAAUUACCCAGGUAUA